UUCUCGACCACAGCGGUAUCGUGCUUUACCUUAUCUGCCGCAUUCCCUCCAACUCAUGUUGUUAUACUGAGCAAACCAAACUUAUUCGUCUCGAAAUCUGCACCAGAUCGAGCUCAGCAACGCGAGCCGAGCCGGAGGCGUUCGUCUGCCCGGGGUGGCGCCAUGCGGAUCCGCCUCUUCCUCUGAACCGGGCAAGCGCGAGCCGCCUUCCUCCUCGUGCUCGACGGCGGCGACGAGCGUCGGUGGCCGCAUAGCAAAGUCCAGCAACGAGCAGGGUUUCAUGUAGGGGAGGGCAACCUGUUCCCAGCCCUCGAUUUCCACCGGAGCGUGCGAAGUCCAGUCGGCAGCAACGGCGACGCCGGUGGAGGCAGCCGCGGGCACGGCAAUGCCGGUUCCUCUUGCCCCUUACCCAACCCCUCCUGUGCCCUUCACACCACCCGCUCCCAAUGCAGGGGCUCAAAGCCAACUUGUCUGCUCUGGGUGCCGGAAUCUGCUCAUGUAUCCUGCCGGCGCAACGUCGGUCUGCUGCGCAGUUUGCAGUACCGUGACCGCUGUUCCGGCUCCCGGGACUGAAAUGGCGCAGCUAGUUUGCGGAGGAUGCCACACUCUUCUCAUGUACAUACGCGGCGCCACAAGUGUACAGUGUUCUUGCUGCCACACUGUCAACCUGGCAAUGGAAGCGAAUCAGGUUGCGCAUGUAAACUGCGGGAGUUGCCGAAUGCUGCUCAUGUACCAGUAUGGCGCGAGGUCCGUCAAAUGUGCAGUCUGCAGUUUCGUCACGUCAGUUGGGGCAUCAUCGGGUGCAGAGCAGAAGCCCAGCAACUGAACUCCUGCAACUUUAUUUGGGAAGCAGCACCCCGGAAUAAGAAUGCUUUGAGUGCACAUGUAUAGAGUUCUUCCCAGAAGCAAUCUCUUCCUCCCCUCUCCAUUUCCCACCUUCGUUGGACCUGGCGAGCUUGCGGAAUAAACAAGAGUUUUUGGUAAUACAUAGUGCUCAAAAUUCGUCGAAUCAUCUGUGUAACUGGAUCAGACAGAUAUAUGAACCCACCAUGUUUAUGUUCAAUCCUAGCUUCUUUUA